AUGCAGCUGCUUUGUCAGCAUGCUCACAUGCAGGCUCUAACUUGCGCAAGCCUCCACGGGAACUGUAGCCUUGUAACUCUUGCGUGGUUCGAACUCUGCAGCAGUGCAGCUCUCGAAACUCGAAACGGCGAAGGAACUCAGCGCAGCAUGUCGUCCCAGAGGAAGCUCUGCCAAUGCAUUGAGAAAUUUGGCGACAUUGUUUGGGGGCUGUACUGUUUGGAAGUGGCUGCUGCAACAUGUUGUCCCGCAUCCGACCGUGGCUUCACAUUCUUGAACGGCAUGUGUUUCAGCUUAGAAGAAAUAACUGGCAGCCAUGCGCUUCUGCUCUGCUUCGCGGAUCCUGAAGUCUUGCGAGCUGGCGUCUUGAAGGUACUCGACAAUGGAGAGUUUCGGACAUCCACGUCACUCCGAUCAACGGGACACCGUGCUCGUCCCGGACAAAGGAGGUGGCAGAGUUGGAGGAGGAGGACAAAUAGAUGGAGGAGGCGCAUUUGGAGGAGGAGAAGGAGAAGGAAGGGGAUGCGGAGGACGUUGCAGGAGCUGGAGGCCGGAACUCCAAGCGCAUCCGCAGACGAUCUUGAGAGCUGCGAGGAUGCUCCAACUGCAAGCUCGCCUGCUAGCAGCGCUAUAGAGGAAGGAGCUGAGCAGACUGCUGGUGGUACUGUGAUCUUGCAGGAUCUUCUGAAGGUCGGACUUCAGCCGCAUCCCCAGCUCCUGUAUUUCUCCAGUCCUCAAGACCAGGGCCGUGUGGCGCUGGAAUCUGAAGUUUUUUCAAGGCUGGAAGAGUUCACAAAACUGCUGAGAACUCCUGUGAUGCCCAAGUCUAAGAGGUCCGCCCUCCAACAGAUGGCGCAAAGACUUGGAGAAGAGCUUUUCCAGCCUCUACUCCAGCUGCUGCAAGAGUGCCGGUCCAUUGUUGUCUUGGCUUCCGGAAGAUUUGCCACAGCAUCUGUUGGCGCUAUCCUCUGGAAAGAUGCCCCGCUGAUGUUUCAACGGCCCACCACCUACGCAUCAUCACUCUGCGACUACCGACAGUUGGGAGAUGCAGAGCGCUGCGGCGGCGGUGACACCUGCAUCGUCUCAUCGGUUUCGCACAGCUACGAUCCGAGGAGCGGGCUUCCCUGGCUGCCGCUUGCAGCUGUUGAGUCGAGAGUGGUGCGACGGGAGCUUGAAGGUGUUGAGUGCACCGUCAAGUGCCUGGAUGAAGCGACACCAGUUGAAGUUGCAGAGACACUUGAGGAGCUUGAUGAUGAUCACAUUGGAUUGGGAACAACUAUGAGAAGACCUCGACGGGCAGAGGAUGGCAUGCACGGCGGAUCCAUCCAUCGACGCCAGUUCUUUCGACGCCGGUAUGCACCAGUUCGAGGCGCAUUUCAUUUUGCAGGACACGUUGAGCCUGCAGCAGCUGUAGACCCUGAGCUUGAUGCUGUCGGAGAGGUCUGUGCCGUUGCAAAAUCUACUCUCUGCUGUCAACGCAAAUUUGAAGCUUGUCUUCAUUUCUGCAUGUUCCAGCGAUGA